AUGUCUCAAGCGUCCGAGAAACUGCCCGUUAAACCAUUCAGUACACCACAAUUCACGCCUAAGGACUACUCGUCUUUCUUCCUUGCCGGAGCGCUAUGUUGCACAGUUACCCAUGGAGGGAUGACCCCUGUCGAUGUUGUCAAGACCCGCAUACAGAUUGACCCGAAGCUAAAGGGGUACAGUCUGGUAACAGGCGGCAGAUACAUUGUCGCGAACGAAGGUGCAUCAGCACUCCUGACUGGCUUCGGACCUACCGCCGUCGGAUAUCUUGUCCAAGGCGGAGCCAAAUUUGCCGGGUAUGAGUACUGGAAGAAGAAGUUUGUUCAGAUAGCCGGUGACGAGGAAACUGCGACGAAAUAUCGCACCGCGAUAUAUCUCGGCGCUUCGAGUACAGCAGAAUUCUUCGCCGACAUUCUUCUGACCCCCCUUGAGGCAACUCGUAUACGUCUCGUCUCUGAGCGGGGAUAUGCCACGGGUCUCACUACUGGCUUCACUCGACUUGCAAGAGAAGGCGGCGUUCGCGAGUUAUACGCCGGCUUUCUUCCGAUUCUGUGCAAGCAAAUACCUUACGCCAUAGGGCAGUUCACCGUGAACGAGUGGUGUCACGAGAUAGUGAAUCGCUCCAUAGGAGAAGAGAAGAAGAAGAACCUCUCUGGGGUAUCCAAGUUUACCACCGACCUAGGGUGCGGUAUCAUCGCCGGCUUUGCCGCUGCCAUCCUCAGCCAGCCCGCCGAUACGCUGCUAUCGCAAAUCAACAAGGGCCAUGGACCGGAAGGAUCGAUGCCUCAUCGACUAGCGAUGCUGGCAAAGGAGGCCGGUUUUAGGGGACUGUUCGCUGGCCUCGGACCCAGGAUGGUCAUGACAGCCGGUCUUGUAUCUGGCCAGUUCCUUCUAUACGGCGCGAUUAAAGACGCGCUCGGAGCACCACCUGGGCUUGAGAUUCAUAAGCAGUGA